AUGGAGUUCAGAAGCAGUCCCCAAAACAGUGGUGCUGCUGCCUUCCAGGAGCAGGUGCAACGCCUCGCCAAUGAAAACGUCCAGUUGCAAGACAGGAACGAACGGCUCUACAGCAAAAUUGGAGAGCUGCAGGAAAAAAUGGGAGGCCUGGCUGGCUCCAAGACCAACCUCUCCGCCAGACUGAUCCACAGUGAAGAGGAGAAACUCAAGAUUUCCAAGGACUUUGUGGAUUUUCAGAUUCAGACCAAUAAAAUGAGGGAGCAACACGAAGCAGAAAACUUUGAGCUGAAAAAUGUGAUUUUGACCCUGGAAAAUCGUAUUCUAGAAGUCGAGCUUCAUGCUGAGAAAAUGGCUGGGGAACGCAAUGCUUUGCGAGAACGCCUGCAGGCCCUUGAAGACAGCCGCAAGGAGCUGGCGGAUGAGUACCUUGUGCUGAAGAGCAAUUACCUUGCACUGGGCAAGGAACAUGGACAGGAGAUUGCUAAGAAUGAGGAGUUGAGCAAAGAGUUACUCAACCUAGCUAAUUCCCUUCACCAUGUGUGGGGCAAUCUCCCCAAACCCAAUGUUGAAACGGAUGAGCCAUCUGAGGAGCUGAAGCGGGUGCGUGCUUUGGUCCAGCGUCUUUCUGCCCGCCAAGUGAAGCCUGAAGACAUAGUGGCUUCAGAAUAUGAACAGCAGAAACUGGAGAAAAGUCUCUUUGGGAACCAAGAUCACUUCACCAGAGAGAUUGAAAAUAUGAAAGAAAUGUACAACUCCCAGCAGCAGAAAUUAGAGGAGAGAAUGGUUUCAAUGGGGAAGGAGCUCCAAGAAGCAAAGAAGGAGAUCCGGAGCACGCAGCACAAGCUUGCGGAGCAGUCGGCGGUUUUGCUCUCUUCUCAAAGCCAGCUCCAAGAAGUAGAGGAGGAGAACUCCCGGCUGCAGCUGCGACUGAAGGAGCUGGUCGAAGAGUAUCGUUCGCGGCUCAUUCAGUACAUCACAGACCUGGCGGAAUACAUGGACAACAAAUCAGCUACUGCUGUAACAAAGGCUGGCAAAGCACCCUCAGAGCCUGCUCACAUGAAGCGCUUUGUGGACAGCAUGCUGAAGGACAUCCGGGCAUCCUACAAGACCCGGGAAGAGCAGCUGGCUGGAGCCGCUCGAGGCUAUAAGAAACGCCUGCAGAACAUGGUCAAAAAACACGAGGGGCUGCUGGUUGCAUACAGGAUGCAGCGCGAACAGAUCCGGUCCCUGGGCAGCAACAACCUGGAUCCUGGCCCGCCAGAACACAAUUUCAGCAUCACUGAUGCCGAGUUGCUGACCAACACCUCUCAAGAGCUGAACCGGCUCCGGGAAGACAAAGCAAGCCUGGAAGGCCAGCUCCACGAACUGCAGAUGAAGGUAAAGCUGAGUGAAAACGCUGGUCCCAGGACAACACCUGCACACACCAUGGAUGAGGCAGGCUGGGAGCAGCUCAGGAAGCAGCUGCGAGAAUUCACUCACCGCACUCAGGAGGACUUAGAAAAGGAGAGGAGCCAGUUGUUGACACGGGCCAUGGUGGCAGAAGAACAGGUGGCUGAACUGCAGGACUAUGUGGAUAAGCAUCUGGGGAGGUACAAGGAAGAGAUUUUGCGGCUCAGGAAACUUCUAGGAACAGAUGGCCUCCGGGCAUCUAGCGGCAGGGCUUACAACGCCCCCAAGGCUUCAAAACCCAAGAGGAAUGUCAACAAUGAAACAUAACCUCUAUGUCACCAUGAACUAUGAUGAAAGUGUAGCAUCCUCAAAAGGAUGGGCAUCUUGGUCCAAACAGCAAACUGGACAUUUAGUACAUUUCUGUCCCUCAGAAAGAUUCCAGGAAGCAGAGUUCACUCAGAGCAGUGCAAAAAGAUAUUUCUCACAAACCAGUGAGAUAGGCUAGAACAGUCAUGGGCAAAUUUUGGCCCUCCAGGUGUUCUGGACUUCAACACCUACAAUUCCUAACAGCUGGUAGGCUGUUAGGAAUAAUGGGAAUUGAAGUGCAAAACAUCUGCGGGGACGAAGUUUGCCCAUGCCUGGGCCAGACUAUGAAAAGUUAAGUGAAUCCCACUGCUGGCUGCCUUGUGCUGCAUUAAAGUUUGCUUCUUUUUUUUUUCUUAAAAUGUAAAAGCUGUAAUACUUGGAAUGGCCACUUGAAGGGAACAAGACAGCAUUUAGUUAGUAAGGAGAUUCUGAUGCAGAGCUUUUCGAACAUUUCAUAAGUUGAUGACAGACUUCUUAUGCAUGCUUCAUUUUGUGACACUGUAAUUCAAUUUCUCCAGCAAACCAGAGAUUAAAUUAACCCCUUAUAAGAGAUACAGAUACAUACAUAAAUUGUAAAUAAUGCAAUGGAUGGGGACACAACGUAUCUUGUGAAAAUCUUCCAUUUAUAUUUUCAAAAAUUGUUUAUUUCACAUAGAUUCAGAAAUUUCUCAUUAAAUUCGUGCGACACACUUGCAGCUAGCAGCUGA